AGAGGAGUUGCUAUGAUAAGCAUCGACUUGAAAUACGUUGACAUUAAUCAAUGUGCUGAGGACGAGAGUAUGUUUGCUGGGACUCAUAAAUGUGACAAAGAAUCCACAGAGUGCAUUCACAUUUCCGGAAAGGGGUUCAGGAGAGGUGCCUACAAAUGUCAGUGUAGGAGAGGAUAUUAUUUUCCCAAAUCUUAUUUAACGGAAGGUUUCACCGGGGGCAAACAGAAUUCAUUUUUGGGCUCAGAAGUGGAAAAUGCUUUUGUGGCAAGUCGAGUUCGAGGGGGUUCGCCAGUAGAGGGUAGUCUCAUUUAUCCUGACAGCUUCCGUUGUCUUCCUUGCAAACCGGGAUGUAAAACGUGUGUGGACGACACUUCCUGUUUCUCUGAGUACAACAUGUUGUUAAGAAGUGUUGCGCUUGGAUUACAGAGUUUCUGUACCACCAUUACCAUCGUAGUCGCUGUCGUCGUUUUCCGGCUGAGGAAAUCCAAGGUAGUUUUCCUUUAA